GCAGCGCAGCGGCUGAGGCCGUGCGGAGCGGACGCGGUCGCUGCGCUCCUCGGGCGGCGCCGCCGCCGCCGAGCGGCCCCGCAGGGUCCUAGCGCCUGCCCGCCGGGCCCCGCAGGGUCCUAGCGCCUGCCCGCCCAGGUUUCAGGUCCGUGCAGCACCCAAGACCAAGCACCAUGGCAUCGAUCCCAUCCAGCGGCUCGCUCAUGGCCACGCACAACUACCGCAGAAGGCGCCUGAGCUCCACGUCCAGCAACAGCUCCUGCAGCAGCUCAGACUACGGGGAGGUCAUCCCGCACCACCCGGGGCUGCCCAAAUCUGACCCUGGCCAGUGGUGGGCCAGCUUCUUCUUCGGGAAGACGAAUCCCCCGGCCAUGACAACCGUGUCAGAGUCCCCGGAGAGCUUGGGAGCGCUGCAGGUGCCGGCAGGGCAGCUGGCAUGUGCGCUGGUGCCAGCAGUGGGAGCAGGACGGAGGCGGCACACCAGCGAGCCCAGCCUCGGACCCUCGUCCUGAGCGUGCCGGCAGGCACAGCCCCUCGAGGAGUCGGGCUGCUCAGAGAUGAAAGCACUACGGGGGAACAAAAUAAAGCAGCAGACCCCCAGCAGCUUCUACACCAGCUUUUUUUUUUUUACUAUAUUUCUUAACGCGACUACACCUUUCUGCGCAGACUUGGUGACACAAUUCUGUACUUUGUACUUGUUCAAUGGUAACUAAUAAACUCGAGCAGCCUUUUAAAAAA